GCUACUAGGCACUGUUAUGUUCGGAUUUUUACUUCGGUUAGUGCUCCCGCCGUACGAUCUCGGGUUCUAACAACACCGCUAUUGUGAGCGAUAUGCUGCGAUAUGUCUCGUUUUUUCUUGUUGUUCUCGACCUAAUUGGUUUCUGCUUAUAAGAAUUCAAGGGCAAAAUGCUCGAAGUCCUUGUAUUGCCCUGUAAAUUCGACUUGCGCAGCAUCGAUGGGCUUUAUUCUUGUGGGACUCGCAGCUCUCACUCUCUUAGUCCUGCAACUGGUGCUCUCCCGGAAUCGAAAACACCUUCCACCUGGCCCUCGAGGGUUGCCCAUUCUAGGGAACGUUCUUGAACUAGCUACAGCGUCGCAGAUAUGGCUUAUCUUCGAUAAAUGGAAAUACCAGUACGGUCCCAUCAUGUAUUUGAAUAUGGCAGGAAAAAAUAUCGUCGUUCUAAACACCCAAGCUGCAGCGACAGAACUUUUGGAGCGACGAUCUGCAAAUUAUUCAGAUAGGCCCAAGAAUGUAGUCGCGGAGUACCUUGGGAGUCAAUUAUCGAUGCCGUUCGCACGAUAUGGCAAACCAUGGCAAAGUAUGCGUCGUGCAGGUCAUGCAGUCCUAAAUGCUCGAGUUAGCACACAGUAUCAGCCUGUUCAGAUCGAGGAAGCAAUCAUCCUCGCUCACGAUUUGUUAUGUGAUACUUCUUCACCUUUGCUCACAAAAAUAAACCGGUCAGCUUCGACCAUAAUCUCGGUCAUAUAUGGCAAACAAUCUCUUUCUCUGGACUCCCAAGUCCGAUUGCCGUUCAAGUUAACGGACACAUCUGACGAGCUUCGCCUUACACCGGACCCACUCGAAACCCUCGGCAACAUCGCUCAUCGCUUCACUAAUGCUCUAUAUCCCGGCGCUUAUCUGGUCGACGUUCUACCUGUAUUAGAUUAUCUGCCUGCCACAAUAGCGCAGUGGAAGAAGAAUGCCCAAAAAGACUUUUCGCGGAUUUCAGCCAUCUUCGAGACGUAUUUUGAUGAUGCAAUGCGGAACGACCAACACCGAUCAAGUCUUUGCGUCAGCUUAGCAGAAGACCAGGUUGCGGAAGGUUUGAGUGAUGUUGAGAAGGCUUGGGUUGCCGGCUCUCUCUCUGUUGCUGCUCUCGAAACUACUAGCACGACCUUGAUGCUCUUCCUCUAUGCUAUGGUUUUACAUCCGAACGUUCAACAGCAUGCUCAACGCGAACUAGACCGUGUGGUAGGAAGAUCACGAAAUCCAACUUUCGCAGACAUGCCAGAACUUCCAUACCUGAGGGCAAUCGUCAAAGAGGUUUUGAGAUGGCAACCCGCCAUACCCUUGGCUGUCCCGCACACUGCAAUAGAGGAUGAUUGGUACGAAGGAUAUUUUAUUCCAAAGGGAACGGCAUGUAUUCCAAAUGUGUGGUCCAUGAAUCGUGACAGAGAUAUUUAUGGUCCUGAUGCCGACCAAUUCCGGCCGGAGCGAUUCCUUCAACAGUCCGAAAAGGGAGCUGCAUUUGUGCUUCGACAGGAAUACGAGGUUGAUGACGGACAUUGUGCUUAUGGUUUUGGGAGAAGGAUUUGCUUAGGACGGCAUGUCGCUGACAACGCGCUUUUCAUCGACAUAUGCAUGAUCCUUUGGGCCCUCUGUAUCGAACCUGAGACCCCCACCGGCCCUCCAGCGAAGCAAAGACCUUCCAAGGAUAUCCUGAUUUCGAUACCAGACUUUCAGUGCCGCUUCCUGCCCCGAUUCCCAGAAGCAGAAGGGAUUAUACAGAAUUUACGAGAUGAGCUAGGAGGUAACACUGCGACAUAAUAGUGCUAUGAACCAUCGACAGUAAUAUGUAUCUCCACGUAAAAACCCUCGGUACUCAGUUGCACGAGGUCAAAGCUUGAUUUCUAAUUAUGGACGCCGCGGAAGUUAUAGUCAAGUUGAAGUACCCAAGCAAACUUUUUUCCAGCAAUCAGACGUCGAAUGUGGAAGCUGGAGAUGACGAAAAAUUUUCUUUCUCAACGAAGACAGGCAAAUGAGUAUUGCCUUGUUCCUCCUGUACUCUAUCAACCUUUUCA